AUGAAUCUUAUAGUUUACUCUCAGAUUUUAUUUGUUUCACUAUGUACCCUCAGUUGCUGCUUCUACCUUAUUAACUCCGACGACAACGGAGGCUGGGAUAGAGGCCAUGCCACCUUCUACGGCGGAGCUGAUGCAUCCGGCACUAUGGGUGGUGCGUGUGGGUACGGUAACUUAAACAGCCAAGGCUAUGGGCUACAAACCGCGGCUCUGAGCACUGCUUUGUUCAACAACGGACAGAGAUGUGGGGCUUGCUUUGAGCUACAGUGUGAGGAUGAUCCUGAGUGGUGCAUCCCUGGUUCCAUCAUCGUCUCAGCUACAAACUUCUGUCCACCAAACUUUGCCUUAGCCAAUGAUAAUGGUGGUUGGUGCAAUCCUCCCCUCAAGCACUUUGACUUAGCCCAGCCUGCCUUCCUCCAAAUUGCUCACUACCGAGCUGGGAUCGUUCCUGUCGCAUUUCGAAGGGUUCCAUGUGAGAAAGGUGGAGGUAUAAGGUUCACAAUAAACGGGAAUCCGUAUUUCGACCUCGUGCUGAUCACAAACGUGGGUGGUGCUGGGGAUGUAAGGGCCGUCUCUUUGAAAGGAUCAAAGACUAAUCAGUGGCAAUCCAUGUCAAGAAACUGGGGACAGAAUUGGCAAAGCAACACUUACCUUAGAGGUCAAAGCCUCUCUUUUCAAGUCAUUGCUAGUGACGGUCGGGCUGUUGUGAGCUACGAUGUUGUGCCUGAUGAUUGGCAGUUCGGUCAAACUUUUGAAGGCGGACAAUUCUAA